AUGUCUCUUUGUCGUCGGCCUAUUCGUCGAAUAGCCUUAGCAGCAAAAACUGGUUCAUUUAUUAAUAAAACCAUUCGAGCAAGUUUCAGUCAACAAAAUAUUUAUACACAAUUAGAACCAACAUAUUUCAGUAGUGAAAAAUUCAUGACGAACAAUUCGUCACCAGCUUCUCAGAAGAAACCUUGCGUUCUCGAGAAUUCGAUGAGAUAUUCAGAAGAACAAACUAACCAAGAACCUCAACUGAUUGGCGAAGAACAACAGGAUGAUGCUAUUUUCAAAAUCUUUCUGAAACGUGUUCGACAUAAAUCAAAUCAUGCACUUAAUGAUGCCAAUCACGAUGAGAGCAAAACAUCCGGUGAUACUCACACAACCGACCAGGGUACAUUACUUUACUCAACAAUAAAAAUCUAUCAAUUAAAAGCUGGUACACUUGAAAAACUUAUCGAAUAUUUAACGCACGAUGAUGGUGAAUUGGAUACAACACAUAUGCACAUCUUAUUUUCAACCUAUCGGACAUUUACGAAUACACGAACGUUAAUCGAUACGAUCAUUACUCGAUAUCAAAAUGUUCUUCCAGCUUCAUUGGACAUGACUGAAGAUGUUCGACGGAAGACUCUCAAGAGUCUUCGGGCAGCAAUCAUAUGUCUGCUGAAUACGUACAAAGAAGACUUUGCUGAACCGCCAUACUAUUCUACGUUGAAUCAUUUGAUGUCACAAUUACCAGACGAAGACGUACGAAUUCACAGUCAUACUUUAUUGGAGCAAUUGAAAAAUGAAGAAGAUCAUCAGACAUCCGAUAUCGAUAAUAAUAAUAAUUCAAAGAAGAAUUAUUUAAGUUAUCAAAAAGGUUUUGAUUAUUUAAUCCCAUGGAAUCUACUUGAAAUUUCAAGUACAAUCAUUGCUGAACAAUUGACACUAGUCGAUGCUGAUUUAUUGAAACGAGUUUUACCGUACGAAUGCUUAUCAAUUUCGACAAAUAGUUGUUCACGUCGAUUACCGAACAGUUCCAAUCGAUCGUUAUCAACUGUUGACAAAACGAUAGAAUUCUUCAAUUCUAUUGUUACUCGAGUCGUUGCCACCAUACUCAAAGAAAAAGACGAGCAAACUCGAGCAAAUGUCAUCGAAAAAUGGAUCGAUGUCGCACACGAAUGUCGAAGGCUGAGAAGCUUUUCUUCAUUAACAGCGAUUUUGAAUGGAUUAUUGUCUGGUUGUAUCUAUCGGCUAAACACUGCAUGGUCUCAUGUUACGGAAGAUCACUGGUCAAUCCUAGAAGAAUUGAAAAAUGUUUUUGGAAGUUGUGCAGAUAAAAAACAAGCGCGAGCUAUACUUGAUAAGCAAUUAGACGAACUACGUCUUGCUCUACCGGAGUACACUGAAGGUACGGCGAAGCAUGUGGAUAUAAAUACGGCUAUCAAUGCAACGCUUGGAAAAAAAUUUCGUCAUAAAGCGUCACGUGAUCAACCAAAACCGGCUGUGGUUGGUACUGUGCCGUAUUUAGGCAUUUAUCUCAGUGAUUUGACAUACAUCGACUCGGCGUAUCCAAAUACUAUAAACAACGAAAAAAAUGAUGGAUCGCCGGCCAAGAAAUUAAUUCAUUUUGAAAAACAUCGAAAACAAUUUGAAGUCCUUGCUCAGAUCAAGUUAUUUCAAUCCGCUGCUAAUGCAUAUACAGAUCUUCGAUCAUUGCCACGAUUUAAAGCAUGGUUUGACAAUGUUCGAACGUAUACAGAUACCGAAAGUUGGGAUAUAUCGUAUCGAAUCGAACCUAAAGAAACACCUGAUAGUUGUCCACCUCAAGAACAAUUUUGCAAAACCUAUGGAAACCAACCACUUCGAGCUCUUGUUCCACGAUUUCCAUCUGAAGUAUCACUGGACUCCUUGGGCACAUCGAAUAAUGCAAGUGGUGGAAAUACAGAAUCGACAAUCAUCUCGAAUGGUUCAUUACGCUCAUCGCCAUCAUCAACAUCAUUAGACAAAAUGAGCAUCACAUCCAAUAACUCCCUUCGUCAACAUCAGUUAAUCAAAAAUAUGCCGACUCCCCGUGUAAAUCAUUCACGAUCUUCGUCAGUUUCAAGCUUAUUAACAUCGUCAAAUGGUAGUACAAGUCAGGGAUAUGGAUCAGCUACAGCUUCACCAACUAUAAGUACCAAUGUAGGUCUUUCCAAUUCCACCGAAAGCGAAUCAGUCAUCGCUAAGAUUCAAUUCGCUGGCAAAGAUGAUUUACUAUACAAAAAAGUUCGCAUAAAAAAUGACGAACGAACAACCAGUGUAUUGAAAACUAUUUUGGAAAAAUUCGGUUUGAAUCCAUCGACUUAUGAUCGAUACUGUAUUGAACAAAGAUUACCUGGUCGAAAAAUUCUCAUUCUCGAUCAUUGCAAUGUUUUCUAUGCAUUAGCUCGUCCGUCCAAUAAUGAACAAGUCGAGCUCGUCGUUCGAGAGAAAACUCGACAAGAACGUGAACAGAAAAGUAAUGGUCUUCCAGAUGGUGCUGGUCACAAUCGCACACCGAGUGGAUUAAGGGAAGAAGAAGGCGUGGAAGAAACACAAUCAUCUAUCGGUUCGAAAGGACGAAAAAAUAUGUCUACUAGUAGUCAGGCACAGAAAUCUACAUCAAGAAAAGUUACCAGUGCAUCGGUGAACACUGAUUCUGCACAUCAAUUAUCAGUUCAUUCUCGACAAGGUCGGAAUAAAUUGCUCUCGGAAUCGAUUUUACCAUUACUUUUGUGUCUUGCAUGUCCGUUUCUCGUUCGAUCGAUUGUAUUCAUCUGUACACAUUGCCAUGGAUCUAUUUCUGAAUUCUUUCGACGUCUCUUAUUCAGUCAAACGGUAACCUUAAAAGAUAUCUUAGAAGAUUUUUUCUAUUUCGAAUGGCAUUGGCCAUCGGGAAUCAUUAUAAUCAGUUUCUUAAUCUAUGCUGUUGUUAUGACCAUUAUCUUACCUGGAAAAGAAUAUAAAGGUCCGGUGACGGAUACAGGACAUGUGCCCAUCUAUCGAGACAAUGGUUUUUGUUAUUACAUUGUUUCGUUAAUUCUAUUUGCAAGCUUAACAUUUCUGUUGAAAUUGAAUCAUCUUUCUCCAACGUAUAUUUAUGAUCAUUGGGAGGAGUUUUUAUCAACUGUCAGCACAUUUGCUUUUCUAUUAUGUUUUCUUGUUAUGUUGAAAGGCAAAUAUAUGCCAUCGACAAACGAUCAUCGAUCGUCAUCAAAUUGGCUAACAGAUUUUUAUCGUGGCGUCGAAUUGUAUCCACGAAUAUUUAAUGUCGAUGUUAAACUUAUUACUAAUUGCCGUUAUGGAAUGUUGGCUUGGGCAUUAUUAACAGUGAUUUUCUGUAUGAAAACGUUUGAAUUAUAUGGCUUUACAGAUAGUGCUUUUAUAACAUGUGUUUUAACACUUGUCUAUCUAACGAAAUUUUUCUGGUGGGAAUCGGGUUAUAUGAAAACCAUGGAUAUUAUUGUUGAUCGCGCUGGAUUUUACCUUUGCUGGGGUUGUCUCGUAUGGGUAUCUGGUAUAUAUACACUUCCAUCUUACUUUCUCGUCACACAUCCCAAUCAACUCGGUUGGACAUCAACGGCAAUCAUAUUGACAUUAGGUCUUGUCUCGAUCUAUAUUAACUAUGAUUGCGAUCGACAAAAGAUACAAGUUCGAUCAACAGAAGGUAAAUGUUUAGUGUGGGGCAAACCAGCGAGAACAAUCCAAGCCAAAUAUCGUCUAUUGAACGGUAAAGAACAUGAAAGUAUUUUGUUAGCUUCGGGCUAUUGGGCGCUUUCAAGACAUUUUCAUUACAUACCGGAAUUAACCUUAGCCUUUCUUUGGACAUAUCCAUGCGGUCUACAACAUAUUUUACCAUAUUUUUAUGUUAUUAUUCUAUUUAUAUUGCUAAUGCACCGUGCACAUCGAGAUGAUCAAAAGUGUCGACUAAAAUACGGUCAUGCCUGGGAUAAAUACUGUCGUUUAGUGCCAUAUAAACAUUCAAAAGAAAGUUUGAUUUCUCAGAAAAAGAAUGGAAAAAUGCCGGUUAAACUUGAACGUAAACAUGCUUUUCCAUUAACAUUAGCACCGAUAAUAUUAGCUCAUGAUAUUUUGAAGUUCAUCUAUAUACAGUAA